AUGGAGUUGGAAUUAUCCAGCACAGCAAUCCUUCAUCAAAUCCGGAGGGAUCAAGUGACAGAUACAUGCCGAGCCAACAUCAUGUCCAGCAAGAAGCGUCGUGUGUUAACACCUAAUGAUCUUAAACAUUUAGUGGUUGAUGAAGAUCAUGAAUUGAUUUAUUGCUAUGUCCCCAAAGUGGCCUGUACCAACUGGAAAAGAGUCAUGAUGGUGUUGACUGGGAGAGGAAAAUACACCGAUCCAAUGGAGAUACCAGCAAAUGAAGCACAUGUCUCAUCAAACUUGAAAACACUCAACCAGUACAGCAUCCCAGAGAUCAACCAUCGCUUGAAAAACUACAUGAAGUUUUUAUUUGUCCGUGAGCCUUUCGAGAGAUUGGUGUCAGCCUACAGAAACAAAUUUACCCAAAAAUAUAACACCUCCUUUCACAAGAGAUAUGGUACCAAAAUUGUGAAGCGCCAAAGGAAAAAUGCAACACAGGAGGCUCUGCAUAAAGGUGAUGAUGUAAAAUUUGAAGAGUUUGUGGCUUACCUCAUAGACCCGCAAACUCAAAGAGAGGAGCCCUUCAACGAACACUGGCAAACUGUCUUUUCUCUGUGCCAUCCUUGUCACAUCCAUUACGACCUCAUAGGGAAGUACGAGACUCUUGAGGAGGAUUCCAACUACAUUCUUCAACUAGCAGGAGUAGGAAACUAUCUCAAGUUCCCCACUUAUGCAAAGUCUACAAGAACUACUGAUGAAAUGACUGCAGAGUUCUUCCAGAACAUCAGUUCAGAGCACCAAACACAGCUGUAUGAAGUCUACAAACUUGAUUUUUUAAUGUUCAAUUACUCAGUGCCAAGCUACCUGAAACUGGAAUGAAAUGUGGAUACCCAGAGAAAGAAAGAAAGCUGUUUAAUUUAAAAUGUUUAUUUGUCAUAAUUAUGUAUGAAGAAUUGGAUAUUUUGUAAGUUAAUAUUUUUUUUCUCUUUUGUUAGUAAUGCUGCGAGCAGCAUAGUUGGAAAUUUAUUAUUUAAAUGGUUGGUAAGAAAGGACAGCCCUGUUUGCAGGGCAAGAAAAUUGCAGUGACAAUAGCUCUAGAUGUGACAAGUAAGUGCUACACUGUUUUGGGGUGGAAAUGUUCCUUUUACCCUGAUUUAUUUUUUUAAUUCUUUUUCUUUUUUGCAUUCUUAAUAAAUCCGAGCCUUUAGGUUAUUUAUGCUUACAGAAUAGAUUCCUCAUUAAAAGCUGAAAUGCAA